AUGGCCUCUUUCGACGGGACCGUCAGUUCUCCGCGUCAUCCAUAUGGGAGACGAGAAGCCCUUCCCACAGGUUACACUGGGCGCUAUCACUGGGCGCUAUCACUGGGCGCUAUCAACAAAGACAAGAGGAAUCUGCCCACCCUACUGACACUAAUGCCUUGGAUGCCCCGUAACAGAGACUCUGCCAGUGUCCAAAGCGCUUGGAUGACCUUAACUUCUGGACGCCUCGAACUCCCUCAUCUGAUUACAGAUGAAUAA